AUGGCCUUUGAGUUGACCUACCGCUUGACCUUCAUCGACACCGUGGAGGCUCCGGCCAUUGGAGCCUUGCCUCGUUCCCGCAGCUUGCCAGUUUUGGGCAGCGCCCCAACUGCAGAUGAGGAGGUUCAAUACCAGGCCUAUGUGAGUCAGCUCUCGCAGCAGAUGGCUGAACGAGAUUUGGCUCUCGUGGCUGAGCAACCAGAAGUGGCUGAAGCCGAGAAUGACGCGACGAAGUCAGAAGAAGUAGAACCAGGACCUCCAAGUCUUGGCAGCAUCGGUCAUGAGUGGGGUUUGUGUCGACGCCCUUGCAUUUACCACCUUUCUUGCGGUACUUGCACCAAGGGAGCAGAUUGCGGCUUUUGCCACAUGCCUCAUGGACAACGGAUUCCAAAGCUUGACAAGCAGCAGCGCACUGUGCUACAAGAGCUAGGCGCUGGAGAGCUGUUGGCUUUGGUUCUGGAGCCAUUGAGGGCCAAAGUGGCGCAGAUGGGAUUGGAGGAGAACGCAGCAGAGCUCAUUGAGUUGUUGGAGAUGGAGCGUGCUGGGCAAACCUCCGUGCUCAAGAACAACAAGAAGCAUCCAAAGCUGCAUUGCAUCCGAAAGAUCAUGGGCCGCAUGAGCAUUGCGGGGCUGGUGGGCAUUGCUGGGUACAGCCAAACCGGGAAAGAUUUCCGUGAUCGGUUGACGGGAGCAGUCGAGAAGAUGCGUGAUCAGCUCCAGUGA